AUGGCGUGGGGGCCCCCCUGGCGCCAGUCUUUCCUGGUGAAGGGGCCCUCCCAGACAGCCGUCGUCAGUGGGGCCCUCCCAGACAGCCGUCGUCAGUGGGGCCCUCCCAGACAGCCGUCGUCAGUGGGGCCCUCCCAGACAGCCGUCGUCAGUGGGGCCCUCCCAGACAGCCGUCGUCAGUGGGGCCCUCCCAGACAGCCGUCGUCAGUGGGGCCCUCCCAGACAGCCGUCGUCAGUGGGGCCCUCCCAGACAGCCGUCGUCAGUGGGGCCCUCCCAGACAGCCGUCGUCAGUGGGGCCCUCCCAGACAGCCGUCGUCAGUGGGGCCCUCCCAGACAGCCGUCGUCAGUGGGGCCCUCCCAGACAGCCGUCGUCGGGGCCCUCCCAGACAGCCGUCGUCGGGGCCCUCCCAGACAGCCGUCGUCGGGGCCCUCCCAGACAGCCGUCGUCGGGGCCCUCCCAGACAGCCGUCGUCGGGGCCCUCGCAGACAGCCGUCGUCAGUGGGGCCCUCCCAGACAGCCGUCGUCAGUGGGGCCUUCCCAGACAGCCGUCGUCGGGGCCCUCCCAGACAGCCGUCAUCAGUGGGGCCCUCCCAGACAGCCGUCGUCGGGGCCCUCCCAGACAGCCGUCAUCAGUGGGGCCUCUUGUACAUUUCCAGCAGAUUCAACUGGGUCCUCCUACCCCGCACUGCCUCAACGCUCCGCCAGCAGGCAACAGUGGCCUCUGCGACUGGCUGCACAGGGGUCAUGUUAG